GGAGCCGCCAACAGCCUCGUAUCACAAAACAAGCUGCUAGGUAGCGUUAGCUCGCAGCAGCGUUAGCUCUCCACACCAACAGUUGGCCGCUGCUGGCUGGUCGGGAUUUUUAACUUCUGAAAAACAACUCCCGUAACAAAACUACGUCGAAACAACUUCCCUGGACCUAUUUAAGCUGUAAAGUCAUGGCGUGUGGAGCCACCCUGAAGAGAACCAUGGAUUUCGAUCCAUUGAUGAGCCCCGCGUCCCCUAAAAGACGGAGAUGCAUCCCGGUGGCCCCGUCGGCUUCCUCACCGAGGAGGUACCUCAGCAUGGAGCCCUCGCCGUUUGGAGAGUCGUCGUCUAGAGUCAGCGCAGAACAAAUCCUGAACAGCAUCAAACAGGAGUACAAACGUAUUCAGAGGAGGAAACAUCUAGAUGGAGGCCACCAACAACUAGAGUGCUGUUAUUCUCCAGACUCCCCUUCCCAGUUAGCUAUGAAUGUCUCCAACAUGGCAGGGCCGUCCUCCGGCGGCGUCUCUCCAAGCAGAAAAGAACAACCGUUGUUCACCCUCAGACAAGUUGGAAUGAUCUGCGAACGCCUGCUUAAAGAACGAGAAGACAAGGUGCGGGAGGAGUACGAGGAGACCAUGACCUCAAAACUGGCAGAACAAUAUGACACCUUUGUGAAGUUCACACAUGAUCAGUUGAUGCGGCGAUUCGGCGAGCAGCCUGCAAGCUAUGUUUCCUGAGUGUGGCACAGAAGAAGACCUCCGGCUGCAAGCCGUCAUGUGAUCUCUGGCAGAAGAGUUCUCAUCCUAAGAGAUUUAAUUUAGCUACCUAGUUAAAAUGAAACUUUUCUGACUGUGCCAUAUAUCAGUCUUUACGCGAAGCGGUUGUUGGCACUCGAGUGGCAGCAGCUUGGUGCUUCCUGGUGUAAAUUAAUGGACCCCAUCUCUACAAGUGGCCUCUGUUCCCCCUCCCAGCUCUACGCAGCGAUGCAGUUAUCUCCCUUUUUCUAUCGACUCCCAGCAUUCCAGGCUUUGUUUCUGUUACAGAUGAGGCGCUGCAGAGUUUUACAAGGUUUACUGCUCAAUCUAAGAAGUGAAUGGAGUGGUUCAGCACCAUUUCCCUCAUUUAUUGCUUUUUAAAUUAAGUAGGUAAAUGCUUUUUUUCUUUUUCCAACCAGUUUCUAUUUAUUUUGUCCAACUGGUAUCAUUUUUGCAACCAAUGUACUCGAAUGGAGAAAAAAAAUAAAUGGAGAGUUGAAUCUUUA